AAAAUUACUUCGAUUCUACACCAGGAUGUGAUGAUACACCGCCGAGGCGUGGAAGACGUGAAGUUGCAGCAUCCAGAAAAGAAAUAUUCCUGAGUAAUGAUGCCAAUGCAUGCCCGCAAGAAGCUUUCAGACACGAACGGGAAAAAAAAAGGACUUAUGCUGGAAUUCCGAAUCGCAAGGAAGCGCAGAGACACUUCGUGGAGCUUGCAGAUGCUGCGAAACGCAGUGGCGAUUGGCGUGAAGCACGGCGGUUUGGGCGGUUAGCGUGUGAUAUGCAGCCGUAUGCCGCCCAAGGAUGGCUCGAACUAUCAAAAAUGGAGGAAGAGUGUGGUUGUCUGAUAAGAUCAGGUCUUGUUGUUCGCCGGGGACUUGAAUUCUGUGCACUCUCCGAUGCGCUGCUGACACGUGCGAUCAAAUAUGCCGAUAAGAUUGAUGGCGCAAUUCCCGCACGUGCGCUUAUUUCGCCUUUAAAGCAUGCAGCCAUCGACAAGGUGUGGCGUGCGGUGCUGGAAGGUGCCCUCCUUGAAGCAAGAUGCGGAAAUGUUAUUGUCUCUCGCCAAGUUUUUAAAUUUUUAAUGGAACGUAUACCGUGGUAUGGGCCUAUAUACUACGAGGCCUUUCGCCUAGAAGAAAGGGUGGGACGGGAUUCCGCCGCGUUGGAUAUUGUUGAGGGAGGCCUGGUGGAAAUCCCUCGAUAUGGUCCGUUGUGGUUCGGAGCAUUUCGUGUGUGCGAACGCCUGGACACAGAGACUGGCGUAGAUGGAGAGUACAAAAGCAAGGGUCCAGUGCGAACACACAUCAUGCUUGAGAGAGCUCUGCACCUAAUAAGUAAAGAACUGAUCUGGAAAGUGCAUUUUGAAGGGGCACAAAUCGAGGAGCGAUUUGCGGCCUCUGCAGCGGAAACAGCCAGGUGUAAGGGGAACUUGAAUAGGGCGCGACGAUCCUACGUACGAGCUCUUCGCACAUGCCCGACUAAUCUACGCUGGAAAGUUUGGCUAGCUGGCGGUCGGAUGGAACUUAGUCGCGGUCAUCAAGAGCGCGCAGCGAGUAUCGGGCUACUCCUGUUUGCACGUGCAUUGAGAGAAGCUCCCUCAAAGUCCCGUUUUCAUGUCCAUCUCGAGUGCGCACGGCUAGAGGAAUAUACGAACCAGGUAAACAGAGCUCGAUCAAUUAUUCGACGAGCAUACCACCAGUCAAAGUGUGAAUGGAAGCUCACUCUGGAGUCUGUCCUCCUUGAACAUCGCGCUGGGCUCUAUGACAAAGCUGCUCGUUCUGGCAAACUAGCUCUCGGACACCACGGGACUACGGGUCGUCUCUGGGCUGUUGUAAUUCAGCAACUGCGCAAAUCCUCCCCGAAUGAGGAAAUGCAACGAGCUUUCAAGCGCGCACUCAAGGAGGUGCCCAAGUCUGGUGAGGUUUGGUGUGAAGGUGCUCGAGCACGGCUCUCACCGGUGUCACAGACCUUUGAUCUCAGUGCGGCGCGAGCUGCUCUCAACUUUGCCACGCAGUUCACACCACAGUACGGGGACUCCUUUGUGGAGGAGGCGCGUCUUCAGCUCUUAGAGGCCCUUGAAAGGCUUGAAUGUGCUCUUGACGUGGUGGCUGUUGCUCGCCUCGAUCUCAAAUGUGCCAAUGCGGAUCCGAAUUAUGGAGCUGCAUGGUUUGAAUGUCGUAUCAAAUACACCGAUACUGCAAGAAAAAUUAUGAAUCAAGCCCGGUCCCGACUUCUCGUUGAUAUACAUACUCACCAGCAUGUGUAUGCCAUUGCAAUCGCGCGUCGCAACCGAAUUGUGUCACAAUUGCACGACGCUGCCAUGAGCCCCAGGCAGUUGCACAGGGCCGAGGGCGAUUACGCCAGCGCAGAUUUUAUCACUGGCCUCAUUGACCUUAGCCGCCUUGAAUUUGGCAAAUGCAGCCGUGCGCGACAAUUCAAUGUGCUUUUUGGGACCGACUUUGCCGUGCCUUGAACCUCACGGGGAGCGCACGGGUGUGUUCUGUGACAUGCCGCGUGCGUCCCAGCCCUUACGUACACCCGAAGGGCCUCGCCUACCUCCCCCUUCCCUCGUCCCCGUGCCUAUCCAGGAUUGUUAUAAGACCAGUUACU